AUGUCUCAGAGUCCUUCCUCAAAGAAAUCUUCUCCUAUCUCUGAAACAGCAUCAGGUUCUAGGGCACCAAAUGCUGUGAGCGAUCAAGAUGUUGUGCUGGAUGUCGUGCCAUUGAACUCUGUCCCUCCUUCCAAUUCUGCUCGCAGUCAUCCAAGAAAGAUGCAUGCAAGAAAAUCAACCGGAGGAUCUGUCCCAGAAACUUUUUCUGUCCAGGGUAGAGAGGGCUCGUCCUAUGUUCAUAAUGCAAUUGCAAAUAUUGUCACCAGAAUCUUGAAUGAAGGACACAAGGUUGAAGGAAUUUCUGUUCCUCUAGCCCAAAUGCCCGCUUCCGAUGAUGAUCAAGGUGAGCAUGAUGAUGUAAGCAAAGAUCAGGAAAAUGUUGAGACUCCUGUUGCUAAUGAUGUUAGGACAUCUGUUGAUAAUGUUGAGACUCAUGUUGCUAAAGAUGUUGAGACAUCUAAAGAUGAAAACCCUAAUGUGCAUGAUGUGGUGGAUCUUGAUGAUCUUGAUGAUCCUAUUGAUAUUGCUGAUGAUGACCUCAUCUCCAGCAUCUCCAACAGGGUCAAGGCUCGUAAGGGAAAGCAAGUCUGUGAUCAACAACCUCUCAAGCCACAGGUUACUCCUCUGAAGACUGUUACUAAAGAAAGGGUGAAGAGAGUUUCCACUGGACCUGCAAAGUCUGGAAGCAAAGUUACUGUGAAGAAGAGGAAGGAAAGAAGUGUUUCUGUCACAGAAGAUGAUGUCUUAAGUGAUUGGAAGUUUGUCUAUCAAAGAAGGUUGGCUCUAGAAAGAGAAUUAGCAAAUGAUGCUCUGGAAUGUCAAGAGGUCAUGAAGCUCAUCAAGGAUGCAGGUUUGAUUAAAACUGUUUCUCAUUUUUCAAAGUGUUAUGAAAUACUUGUGAAGGAAUUUAUUGUGAAUUUGUCUCAAGAUUGUGGUAAUGGAACAACUGAUGAUUUUCAUAAGGUGUAUGUUAGAAGAAAGUGUAUAGAUUUUUCUCCUGCUGUUAUCAACCUAUAUCUAGGAAGAGAUGUUGAGGCUCAACCUGAGCUUGAAGUGACUGAUAAUGAGGUCUGCAAGGUAAUCACUGGUGGUACGGUUAAGAAGUGGCCCAUUAAGAGCAAACUGUCUGCUAGUUCUCUUAAUGUCAGGUAUGCGUUGCUGCACAAAAUUGGUGCUGCUAACUGGGUGCCUACCAAUCACACUUCCACUAUUGCUGUUGGCCUAGGAAGAUUCAUAUAUGCUGUGGGAACCAAGACAAAAUUUGACUAUGGCACUUACAUAUUUGAUCAAACCAUGAGGCAUGCUGGUACCUCUGCUACCAAGCUUCCCAUUGCUUUCCCAUCUCUGAUAUGUGGAAUCAUCCUCAAGCAACACCCCGGAAUUCUGAAAAGUAAAGAUACUGUAUGUAAGAGGGAGACUGCUUUGUCCUUUCACUACAAGCUGCUGCAGAGAUCUGAUGACAAGACAUCUGCUGGGACAUCUCAACCCAGCAAAUCUGUGACCAAAGCUCUUCUUAUUGCUGAGCUAAAAGAGACGUGUCAAGAGUUGGACAACAGGAAGCUGAAACUUGAAAAUCUCAUCCACAGUCUUGAGCAGUCUACAGAUGAUGAUCUUGUUGGUGACAAGGGUGGUGACAAUAUGGAUGAAGUCCAAGAGGCUGAGGCAGAAGCUAAGGAUGCUGAGGCUGAGAGUGCUGAGAGUGAGAGUAGUGAUGCUGCUGAAUGGACCAGUACCUCCAGUGAUGACAAUCCUGGUGGUUCAAGUGAUGAAGACAGUGAUGGGGCUGAUGAUUAG